CGAAGUGAUAUAAAGAGAUACAUGUUCUGUGAAUGGCGUAAAUCUGCUUGUCUGGUAGAAGUUAAUAUUGUAGAAGACAUCAAAUAAGGUAUGGGCAAUCUUUCGUCCGAAAAUAUUUGUGCAAACACGGUAGGUGUAUGCACGUGUUUAAUGUGAAAUGACAAUGACUUUCACUUUUGACUGCCAAACUACAUAACGUUAUGCCAAAGUUUGGGGUGGUUUUCAAAACUAGUAAUGUCUGAUGUUACAGUUUUGAAAUGUUGCUGUCAAUGUCAUUUUUAGACAUUUACUACCUCAUAAUUAAUUGCAACAAAUACUGUUCAGUAAUUGUUUAUUACCACAUAAUUGCAACAAAUUGUUGUAUCUCCUUGCUUUAAUAUGUACAUGUAGUUUUAAGGCCUGACUAGACCACAUUCAUAAAUGGCUGCCAUAUGAAAGUUUAUUCUAUUGGCAAAACGUCCAAAAGUCUGGUAUUUAGUCUUGAAAGCUACAUUUAUUAAAAGUCAGGAUUCGAAGCGACAAGAGGAGCGAUCCUGGCAAUGUGAUUAAUUGGUCAGCGAAAAAAUUGGCUUGGAAAGGUAGGAUCAGUUCCUACUUUUUUUACUGUUUGUGCAAACAAAUCGACAAGUGGAAAAUGGGCUUAACACACAGCUAGAGUUUUCAGACCAAUAUAUCGUGAUUAAAAUAUUGUUUGGAUAAGAUCCCAGUACAUUGACAAUGCACUUUAUAUGCACUGGCAAACUUUAUAUGUACCGGUACUGGCAAAGUGAUUUUAUUAUAACAAUUACCCAAAAUAACUUUCUUUCACAAGCUUCUUUGCAGUGGGGAUCUUUUUAAAUGGAUCUUUUAGUCCCUGAGAAAAUAAAGUGUAUGAUAUUAGCACAGUAGAUUAUGUACUAGCUUAGGCAUAAAAAAAACCCCUGUGGUUCCGGUUUCAUAUCGUGAAAAAAUUAGGGUCGGUAGGUUGGAAAUAAAUUUUUUUUUGAACAUUUUUUUCAUGGUUUUUGCGGUUUUUGCUGGGCGAUUUGCAGUAAGAGUCCCAACAUCAAUAUUAAACUAGAGAUGCGUAUUUCCUAUGGACGAAUUUAGGCAAUUUGGUUCAGUAAUUAGUGUGACAACAGAUGCCAUUUUGGCACGCUAUGUAUGAGCAGCCCACAACCACCUGGAGAAAAUAGGGUCGCAUGGUCAAUUGUGUUGAAAAAAUAAUAGGGUCGGCAGAAAAAAAUAGGGUCGGUCAGGAACAGGCGGAACCACAGGGUUUUUUUUUACGCCUUAUAUUUUGUAUAUAAUACAAAUUUGUAUACAUAUCACAAAUGUGGUCUUCCUUAAUUAUUUAAGUUAUUUUACUGUACUGAGUACUUUGUGUAAAAUUAAUGAAUCAAUUAAGCUGCAUCACUCAGCGUGCCCUAAUGUGACCUACUUUAAUUAUUAUUUUACUCUAGCUGUCAAAUGCCAGAUUACAGCAUUUUACUUAAGGCGUAAAAAAAAAUACCUACAUGGUUCCGGUUUCAUAUCGUGAAAAAAUUAGGGUCGGUAGGUCGGAAAUAAAGAUUUUUUUUGAAUAUUUUUUUCAUGGUUUUGGCGGUUUUUUGCUGGGCGAUUUGCAGUAGAGUCUCGACAUCAAUAUUAACUAGAGAUGCGUAUUUCCUAUGGACGAAUUUAGGCAAUUUGGUUCAAUAAUUAGUGUGACUACAGACGCCAUUUUGGCAGCAGCCCGCAACCACCUGGAGAAAAUAGGGUCGCACGGUCAAUCGCGUUGAAAAAAUAAUAGGGUCGGCAGAAAAAAAUAGGGUCGGUCGGGAACGGGAACCACAGGUAUUUUUUUUUUACGCCUAAUUGUCAAGCUGCCACUCAAUAGAUUAAUGUCUAACACCAGGUGAUGCUAUUUUCAAUAGUAACUUCUUGCAUAUUUUUGGAUAGUUGUUGCAGUUCUCCACUUGUUAAAUUAUAUUUUAUUAAUUCUCUAAAAUAACUCAUUAAUGUGCAAGACUCUCCCCUUGAUAUGAGCAAAAUUGUCUGGCAUUAGACAGAGUAAAAUUAUAAUAUUAAAAGUACUUGGGGACAUUGCUGUUCGAUGGGUUAACAGCUGGAGACAUUGGCAGAUACUGUAGUUUUGAUAACCCAUUGAUGAACAUUAGACUCUCCUCUUGACGAGUAAAACGUCUGGUGUUAGACGGGGUAAAAUAAUAAUGAGGUUGGCACACUUUAGCCCAUUGCUGAUUUAUGGAUUAAUAUUGACUAUGCACUAUAUACUCGGCCCCAUUGAAAGUAAAAUGGUCUGCCAUCAGAUUGAAUAAAAUAACAAAGUAAAGCAAAUAUUGUGGCUUAAUUAAUUAUUAAAUGUAGCCUAAUAAAAGCAUCUAAUAUUAUAAUAUUGGUUUCAUUUGCCAAUUAAAAUGUUUAACUUUGGACAAACCCCAAAUAUAUGACUUGUAGACAAAGAAUACUGACACAUAUACAGAGGUUAACUCAGCCAAGAACCUGUAACCGCAGCCGGGCCAUGAUUCGCUAUAAUGCAACGCUGUUCCCAUAUGUUCCUAGCCAGGGCACUCAACCUGAAUGUAUACUGUAAGCAAUUAAGCCGGCCAUUUUGAAUGUUUUCAGAGGGAUGAUGACCUUUUCUUAGUACACUGGCUAGGAACACGGCAACAGCAUUGCGAUUGCAAAUCAUGGCGUGAUACACUGACAUCCAAGGUGCUAACAAGAGAUGGACAUCUGUAUAAUAAUAUAUGUUUAUGUGCCUGCAUCUCUAGUGUACGUUGCAUAUGACAUGUGAGUACAGCGAGCCGAACGCCGAACAGGAUGGCUGUAGUGGUUUUAUUUGUUUAGUUUUGCCAACUAGGGCAGGGUCACCACAACAGCAUAUCUGCCAAUUACUUUGGGCCCUUUUACCUAACCCACCCAGUCAACGUUCCCUGUGGGAGGAAACCGGAGUACCCAGAGAAAACCCACGACUUUCGGCACUAGCGUUCACUUGACUUUUGCUCUUUUCACAUGAGGACUGGAUUCGAGUUGCAUUGGGAAAGUUCUUACUGACAUUUGAACCUGUGACCUUAAGAAGUGAUUGAAAGGCAAGUGCGCUAUAACCACUUUGCCACCGAAGCCCUAAACUACCACACAUCGUACCUGCAUGGGUACAGCACAGGUAUAACUAGCCCAACCAAGAAAAUUUCUAAUGAUACUCAGUGUUUGGAUAAAAUUCAUAAAAAUUAUCCAUCACCAUCAGAUAGAUAUAAUUAAAUAUAAUUUUAUGGUAUGAUUGGUAUCUAAUCUCUGAUCAUGUAGAGUGACCCAUAUUAAUUUUACAAGUCAUUUCCAGACCUGCCUGCAAAUUACUUGUAAUUUUAUACAAGUACACAGGAUAUGAACUUACAGUUUUAUUCAACGAAGGCGCAGCUUUGAUUUUCUUCAAAAGAGGCAACUGUUGAUUACGAUCUUUCCAUAGUUUUACUUUUUGCUCAUGACUGGACAGUCCUUUUGACUUGCCUCUCUGUUUUGAUCUAAAUUUUUUAACAAACUAUUAUCAUACUAGCCAUUUAAAUAGAUAAAAUCUAUGAAGCCAUAAACACUUUUGCAACCAAAUGUUCCUACCUUCGAUCAGAUGAGUUAUAAUCCAUCAAAUUAUAUAAAAGAUUCUUAAAAUUCUUGCAAUAUCAUAAAAUAGUCUGUAUUUUUAGUGCGACAGUAUAAACAAAUAUUGGCACGGAAAAAGAAUCGUCUAUCUUUGCAAAAAUAGCUUGAUCCAAAGAUGCGUUAAACGUGGCCAUUUUAUCCCAUAUAAUCUCGCCAUUGUCGAAAAGUUUACAGAAAAUUAUUGCGUUCAAAUAGUUUAAUCCUUCAGAUGAUUUGUCGAUUUCCAGACAACCAGACAGCUUUCUUGUUGCUAUGCGCACGGAACUUGCAAAGGUCAUCGAGUCACGAGCUUGUGUAAACACUGUAAUUAAUCACUAAUUUCUAAUUAUUAAUCCUUCAACAAUCACCAUGGUUCCAUAAAGGCCAAUUUUAAUACACUACACUACACUACACUAGCCUCCUCCGCAGGCAACUCUAUUGUUUUGUACUCUACUCUGUAUUUUUGGGCCUAAGACUAUUUCGCUCUUGAAGCUCGGCCAAAGUUUGAUUUCCAAAGUUUGAUAUUGACAAUACAGAGUUGCCUGUGGAGGAGGCUAGCACUACACAACGUUUGCCCAAAAAGUGUCGCGUGCAACCUGCUUUUGCAAAUACGUUUUUAAACUAUUCAAAUGAUGAAAGUUAUUGUUGUUUUUAAGCGUUUAUUAGCAAGUGGGAACGACCAACAUGACCGCCAUCUAUUCAAAUAGGGGUAUAAACCGCUGGAAUAUUAUUGGCUUCAAUUUUACUAAAAGAGAUGCAUUAUCUAGUGUAUAUAAGAUAUCUAUGCCUAAAAUGCUUAUCAUUGCCCUCGCUGCCGUCUACUUCAUCAGGGAUUAGGGACGGGUCAUUAUUUAUGGCAAGGGGUGGCACCGAAGAGAAAAGGGUUGGGUAAACAAAAUUUUGAGUGAGUAAAAGGUUGGGUAAAUGAAAAACAAAACAACUCAAGGGUUGGGUAAUAAUAAUUUCCAAAGCAUGACUCACUGAAAUAUUGGAGACUAAAAAGCAAUGUCAACAGUCAUAUGUCAAUACAAUAUGUGAAUCAAUCGGAGUCACUAUCUUGAUCACUGUUUUUCAAUUUGUUGGGAGACAAGUGGUGUCUCCAAAGAAAGUACAUGUGCAGGCAACAUGAAACUUUAGUCUGCAAAAAAUUCACAAUCCGUUAUCAAACUCGUGUCACAGAAGUGGCAAGGGACAUGUGUGACAACUGAAUGGUACUUUUUUGGCCAGGGGUGAGUAUUUAUUUUUUAAUUGAUAUUUGAGGUUGGGUAAUCAAAUUUUUUACUUUUUAAUGGUUGGGUCAGCAAAAUUUUUGCCAUGAAAAACAUUUCUCUUCGGUGCCACCCCCCACCAUAAAUAAUGACCUGUCCCUUAUUUUAAGGUGCAGUGAUAACCAAUAUGUGUAGUGAUAAAUGAGAUUUUGUGCAGUACUGAUUUUCUUUAAUAUUUAACUAAAACAGGUGAUAUAUAGAGAAUAAUACAUGGGUGCGCGGAAAUACCAGAUUUAUUUCGAGUGUUGAACAUGAUAUCUCAUGAGUGAGCGCAGCGAACGAGUGAGAUAUCAUGUUCAACACGAGAAAUAAAUCUGGUAUUUCCAAGCACCCAUGUAUUUUUCUGUUUAUUAUAUAAACAAAAUUCAGUGAAAACAAUAAAAUGUCCGUGGCAAUGCGUUUUUACAAUAAAUGAUAUUUUCACACGUAAAAAUAUCGUAUUUUUUACGUGUGUUUAAAUACGAUUUUUCUCAGUGGCCAAAAUCUCUAUAUAACACUUAUGUUUAUAUAAAUAUAUAAUAAAUUAAUUUUCGUGGAAUGAGUGCAUAAUUUGUCACAAAUUAUGUUUAACUGGUUCAAAAGCACGAUAGGCACAAAGAAGACACUAAUUAAUGCUGGUUUUCACACAUUUUAUAUCGAACUUUAUAUGGCCGAACUGAAUAACCUUAUAUAAUCUGGGGGGGGGGGGUAAAUAGGGGUAUACAAAUCCGCCGAUCCGCCCAAAUUUGAAGCAAAAUCCGCGAUCCGACACUGGAUCAGACAAUGUUCUUGUCUAAAUUUGAAUCUGCUAAAAGCUCUACUAUGAAGUCACAAUCCGAGAUCCGAACUAAAUUGCAAGCUACAUCCACAAUCCGAGCCAAAAUAUUAGAUAAAUCCGCAAUCCGCUGUAUUAAUAAGAUCCGCAAAUCCGUGUAAAAUAUUCGCCAGAUCCGAAAUCCGAACAAUUUUUUCUGUGAAAUCCGACGAUCCGAACUGACCUAUUCACCCUCCCCCCCCCCCCAUCUAGGGAGCUCGUCUGAGUCUGAUAUAAUAAAUUUCGGGUGUGACACGCAUGGCCAUUUUACAAAUUCGCCAAUAAAGGGUGUGCCAUGCAUGGCCAUUUCACAAAUUCCCUGGUGGAAAACCGGAUUUUUUAGAAAAGUCACGGGGUUGGUGAGGGAAGAACAGAAAAAAUCCAUACAAGCAAAAACUUUCUGAAACAAAAUGCACACAGCCAGAAGAAAAGCGAUAUAUCACAACACGCGAAAACAAACAUGCUGUGCACCACGCAAACUGAAAAAGGAAAUCGAUGGCAAUGCAUGGCGGAAACGUCUUUUGCUCAACAUGUGCUGCUCCACCUUUGAAUUUUCUAUAUGAGUAAAUUCUUAAACACGUCCGAAUUUUAUAUAAAUUCGCGGCACAUUUUGAAUUUAUCAAUAGAGUUAAUCAUAAAACCACAAUCAUUGCACAAGGUUCCUUGCAUGUUAUAAAUGUAAUGGCACUAAAAGGGAGGCCGGCCGCGAAGGGGUGGGGAGCUUUCCAAGUUUUUUAAAGAAAUAGUUUUUAAAAAAAGUUUUAAAAGAGUUUUAAAAAGCAAGAAAAUUUUAAAAAGUUAGAUUUUUAAAAAAGCUAAAAAAUUUUAAAAAGUUUAAAAAAUUAGGAUUAGGGGUUAUGUUAGUGGUUAGGGGUUAGUGGUUAGGUUUGGGGUUAGGGUUAGUGUUAGGUGCCGCGAAUUUAUUAUUAUGAUAAAUUCAAAAUUUGCCGCGAAUUUAUCAUAAUGAUAAGUUCGGACGUGUUUAAGAAUUUACUCAUAUAGUAAAUUCAAAGGUGGAGCUCAUGCUGCUUUUGCUCCUCUGUUUGGGGGCAAAGCCUCAUAAAUUUCCGACAAAACUUUCAAAUUUCCGACAAAGCCCCCCCCCCCUCCCCCUCAUUUGCACUCGAAAAGACUGUUUUUAGCCCUCUUUUAGGUCAUAAUUUCGGAAAAUUUGUCAAUUUUCCGUGAAGUUCCGCCACUAGUCCUGACACGGAAAACAUGUAAAUUCCGCUUAUAUAGAAUAGUUUUUGGUGAACUAUAUUCAAACUUAUCAUGUUUACCACGGCAAUCGUUUUAUUGUUUACAGAAUUGCCUUCACAACUUACAGUAUUUGACACAGAUUAUAUUCUUGAGUAUUGUGCCCCAAUGGCAAUGCACCCUACGUUAUUAUUUUAAUGUCUCAUACCAGCCGAUUUUGCUUGUCAAGGGGAGAGUGCUGCCGCUCUCGUUUUCUCGGUUUUUUCGAAUUCGUUUGUAUUGUAGAUAGGUGGCUCAGUUUUGAAGUUUUUGUUAGUAUAAUGACCCCAUCUCAGGAUUUUAUAGAACGAGACACAGUAAAAUGCGGUGCCCUACAAAGUAAAACUUCCGGCGUUUCCGCCUACAUUCUUCUGUCAACCGCCAGUUGGUCCGUACGCUAGGAUUAAAGUGCGCUUUCAAACGAUCAAAAUAAAAUGUUUGGGGCUUUUGGGCUCAAAAUACUAUCAAAAUGAAGAGAGAAGUGAGACGAGUCCACUGGUAUACGGCCGAGAAAGAGAACGGACUGCGAGUGUUUUGAAUGGCUUAAAAAAUAUAUAAAACGACCCAUCUUAUGAGUUCAUUGGCGAAAUAAUUUUAAAAGUCAACGUUGUCUAAGCCCAGAAAAUCAAGAACAAAAUUUAUGUAAAUAAACAUGAUUUUUAUCACGUGUAAAACCUUGUCUUUUCAUCAUGAAUUAUUAAUUAAAGAGUUUUUAAGUUUGGUUAAUUUACUCAUGAGUUUGAAUAUUGGUACAACACCAUAUCUAACAUCUGUUUUCUUAUAUUUCUCAAGAUGCUUAUUAUAAGCUUAUAAACAGCUUUAAAUUCUUGAUGUGAAUAGAAAAUGGCGUCGUACGACACUGGUUAUGAAGACGAACUAUUUCAACAUCCAGUCGGCCCGAGCUUUCAUUGCGGUAUUUGUUAUAAUGUUGUUAAAAAGCCCGUUAUGUGUCGUCAUAAUGAGCAUCUGUUCUGCCGAGCUUGUAUCACCAGACAUCUCAUGAAUUCCCAGACAUGCCCUUCGUGUGCGGAACCACUCACCGUCAACACUUUGAGCCAACCAUCGCGGACCGUAAUGAAUUUACUGUCGGAAUUGAAAAUUCAUUGCAAAUUCUUUAACCGUGGUUGUGAAAAGUUUAUCGAGUUAGGAAGUCUGGACAGGCAUGUCACAGACUGUGGGUUUGCCCCGGCAGUCUGCUCUAACGAAGGUUGUCGACUUGAAAUUAAUAAACAAGAUUUGCCGCACCAUGAAACAGUUGUGUGUCAACUACGCAGAGUUCAGUGUUACAGCUGUAAUGACAUACGACAGGAGAUGGAUGUCGUGAAAGUUAAUUUGGCCGCAAUGAGUGUAAAGUUGAAGGAAGUUGAUGAAAAGUUGGAUAUAAAUCAGAUAAACGUCAAAGCAGUGGAAGCAAAUGUGGUUGCAAAAGUUCAAGAGCAACUUAACAAGCAGGAAGAAAGCAAUCGUCAGCUUCAGGCAGACAAUGUAGAAAUGAAGAAAAGUUUAAACGAAAUGACAAAACUACUGGGAAGAAUGACGCAACAAACACCGCAUGAAGUUCAGACUGAGCAAGAGCAUGAAAAGAAAGGAACUGCAGAAGCUGAUGGAAUGGAAAGAGAGCCGAAGGUUGUUGUCGCUGGGGGCGUUGCCGUUGGUGGCGUAACUUUGAAUUCUGUGGAAAUGUUCAGUCUCUCAAAGUCAACGUGGGAACCACUACAAUCAAUGAAAGAGCGCCGUCAAGUGGCAUCUUCAGUUGUUUACAACGAUCAAGUUUUUGUCACUGGAGGUUAUUGUGACGGUCGUGCGAUCAAGUCAAUGGAGAAAUUAUCAAUGAAUGCUGUUGAAGUUGACCAGUCCAUAACUUGGGAAAACGUUCGUGCUGAGCUACCUGGGCGAAUGUGGGGACACUGCAAUGUAGUUUGUAAUGGGCAGUUGAUAGUGAUUGGAGGUUCUGAUGUUGAUAAACGUGGAUAUUCUGAUAGUAUUACUGAGGUUUCCCUUUUUCCACCUUCCAGUAAGGUGCUGGCUACCAUGCCACAAACAAGGUGGGUACAUUGUCUUGUAUUGUUUGGUGGUAAGAUAUUAAUUCUUGGAGGGCGAAAAGAUUCGAAGUAUAGCACAAAUCUUAAAAGUGUUUUGUUGUAUGGUAUUGCUAAGAACGAAUGUAAGGAGUUGGCACCGCUGCCUUACCCCGUGAGUGAAAUGGCCGCAGUCAAGUGGGGUGAUGAUAAUGUUAUUAUAAUGGGUGGAGUUGACAUUUAUAAUAAACCAUUGAACAAAGUGUUAAUAUACAACAUUAAGUCCCAGAAUAGUUCCGUGUUACCAGACAUGAAGUAUAAGAGGAAAGGAUGUGUGGCUGCAGUUGUCAGAGACACUGUGAUUGUCAUGGGAGGCGUAGAUGAAAGAGGAAAUUAUUUAAAGUCCGUAGAAAGUUUUAGGUUUGAUCGCUUCACCUGGGAAGAACUUCCAGAAAUGAAGGAAGCAAGAUACCUCGGUACCGCAGUUGUAUGUUAAUCAUGCAUGUACUGUAUAUAAUUACAGUAAAAUCCCGCGUAUUAAGUUGUAUUUCGUGACUCUAAUGUCUGCACUCUAUAAAAAUAAGAUUCAAGCACACAUAGCUAUUUGACUAGAAACUUUUUCAAAUUUCAGUCUGAAUUCGGUUUCUGAUAAAAAAAAAAUGGGUGUCUAAAUGGCAAGUUUCAGGCUGUAGGUUCUAAAUCUGCUAGGUUCUUAUAUAUGCGAGAUUUUACUCUAUUAACACUGAAUCCAUCUUCAUUUGUAAACAUGUAUCAAUAAUAUCUGUUUUCCGGGCACAUGGGAAUGAUCUAAAUUUGACAAUUAGUUCUCGGAAUAAUUUUAGAAACGCUUGAAACAAGAUAACGGACAAGGUUACUGCAGUUGAAUGUAAAUAAUGUAUUAAAAUAUAUUUUAGUUUUUGCUCGAAAUUUCCAUGUACAAACACAGUUCAAUAUUUGAUAACAAUGCUAUCUUGUGAUAACUUGCAUAUCGUAUGUAUCCA